ACAUUAUUGUCCUUGCCCAGAUCAACGCUAACGAUGACAGAGGUGUCCUGAUGGGGCGGUGGGAUGGUCGAUACGAUGGUGGCAUGUCCCCCACUUACUGGAACGGUAGUGUGGAGGUACUAAGGAGGUGGCUCAAAAAUGGCAGCAAUCCAGUCAAGUAUGGCCAGUGUUGGGUGUUCGCCGCUGUAAUGUGCACAGUACUGAGGUGUUUGGGAAUCCCAUGUCGAGUGGUUUCCAACUUUCAGUCAGCCCACGACACCGACAAAAACCUGACAAUUGACGACUUCUUCUCCGACUAUGGAGUCAGACCCAAACAGAGCCCCGACAGUGUAUGGAACUACCAUGUGUGGGUGGAGGCCUGGAUGAGACGGCCCGAUCUCUCAGCAGGCUCCUUAUACGAUGGCUGGCAGGUUGUGGACCCCACCCCCCAGUUGAAAAGCAAUGAUGUUUACUGCUGCGGCCCUGCUCCAGUCAAGGCAAUACUGCAGGGUCACGUUGACCUCAAAUACGAUGUGCCCUUUGUCUUCGCCGAAGUCAACGCCGACCGUGUAACCUGGAUGGUGUUCGCUGACGGCUCCAAGAAAAAGAUCUCCACGGACAGUGUGUCCGUAGGCCAGAACAUCAGCACCAAGGCAGUGGGCAGUGACAAGAGUGUGGACAUCACGCCAACUAUAAAUAUGCAGAGGGUUGGUAUUGAAUGA